UUCUAUUCAUGUGCAUUUGAAUGUAAAGAAGAAAGAUUUAUUAAAGUUAAUGUAUCUGCCGUAUAGAUUGAUGGUAAGGUAAAGGUGGGCCAGGAGAUGUCUGUCACCUUGGAGUUCACCAACACCUUCAACAUGACGCUUAAAGGAGUGAAACUACGCAUGGAGGGCCCUGGUGAUAUGGGAUUUAAAAACAAAUUUUACAGGAAAAUCAAGCCUGGUGCCUCUUUAACAUGGACCGAGUUGUUUGUCCCUGAUGAGCCUGGAGAAGGGAGAGUGGAAGGCUGUUUGACCUGCCGCCAGCUCUCACAAGUCUGCGGCAUGGUAAACUUCAACGCCAAGCCUUAAAACAGCCCUGCAAACAGCAAUGAAAAGAAGAUCCCUUGUAUACGUUUAACUCAUAUUCUAAUCAACCUGUGCCAUGCUAAACUUCUAUGCCCAGCCUUAAAACAGCCCUGAAAGCAGCAAUCAAAAGAAGAUCCCUUGUAUACGUUUAACUC